UUCUCGCACGGUCGAACCACCCCCAGCCAGCAGGCGUCUUCCACCAGCCUUCACGGACUCUUGUAUAAUCCACAUUGCUACUGGCGAUGAGAUAAAACAUAUCAUGCCUGCCAUAGAUAUGUCCUACGACGACUCGCUGGCGACUUCGCGCCUGUUACAAUCCUCAAUAUCCUCGCUUUCAUCGAGCCGGCAGCAAGCCUCGCAGAUUGCGAAAGCCUACCGACAGGCCGCCCAGCUUUUUCUCACAAGACGUCUUCCCGAAGCUUUCUCUACCAUUGAGCCUAUAAUCACCCCGGAGAAGUUUGAGAAUGGUGAUAGCGAAGAGCAUGGAACGGUCGCGACUCCGGCACCCAUUGCCGCCGCGUCACGGGGCACGAGGAUCAAGGUGUGGAGUUUCUACCUGACAUUCCUGAAUGCAGUCAUAGAGCUAGGACCUGAGGAAGGGAAGCAUGCAUUUGGAAGUGUCAGGUGGAAAGGAUUGGCCGCCAAGUGUCGCGAUGGAAGCGUAUGGGAUGAAGUAGUUAGGGUUGGCUAUGGAGGCUCGGAAGGAGACGUCGAUGCCGAAGUAGUGAUCAACUUGGCCACUCUUCUACUUACACACUCCCCUUCUCAGAAGCUCAACCAGCAACGCCUUGAAAACUAUCUAUCCUCUACCGCACAACCGACUUUCGACUUUUCACAUAUGGCGACUUUGACACCACGGCGACGAAACUCUGCGGCCAAUGCUAUGACCAACGGAACCAACACGCCGCGAGAUCUCAACUCCAAGCUCAAGCUCCUCGAAUUAUACACCCUUCACAUACUGCCAAGAAACGAUGAAUGGGACUAUGCGCGCGAGUUCAUUGGUAUGAGCGAACUUCUAGACGAUGAGCGAAAGGAGGCUUUCCAGAUCGCUCUUCACGGCCUGAAGGAAGAAAGGGAGCAUGCUGCAAACCGUGAAGCUGAAUUGCAACGUCAGCAGCAGGAGCAGCUCGAGCAAAAACGCCAGGAGGCCGAGGCCGAGGCCGAGGCACGGCGGCAGGAAGCUCGGAAAGAGGAAGAGGAACGGAAGAAGCGCGAGGGCAAAGCCAAACACACCCUCCGAGACACCGAUGACAGUUCGGACAAGACCAAACGCUCAGCAACCUCCAAUGGGCGCCGCCAACCACCUGAUCCCAACCCUUCGCGCGUCUCCAGACCUGCUGCCCGGAAACCUGUUGCGCCGCCGCCCAGUUUCUAUCAACGAGCGUCAGCGAUGAUGGGCUCGAUGCAAACUGCUUUUUACACAUCGACACAGGACCUUACGAAUAAUCCAGUCGCGCUCAUUCGUAUGAUGGUGUUUUUUCUGGCGUUGGCGUUGGCUUUUGGGAGACGAGAUUUGCGCGAAAGAUUAAAGAGAAUGAUAGCGAAUGCAUGGGACAAGAUUCGGCGUACGAUUGGGAUGGGCGUCAAGGUUAGCUAUAUAUGAAGUCAGAGAGGCAUUAAUGUAUGUUUACAGAGGCUAUUAGUCUACGUCUG